AGCCUUUCUGCAGUCUGUCUAUCUGUCUGUGUUUUGUGUGCAUGAGGAGAGUGACUGGAAGCAGAGGAACUUGUGCUCAGGUCCUUUUAAAGAAAGAACCUGGACACGUUGUGUGUAAGACUGCAUGUUGUAAUGUGACGUAUUUAAACAUUUCAUUUCAUUAUUUGCACUUAUAAAAAAGAGGUAGGCUAUUUAUUUUUAUUUACCCGAAAGUAGCUGUAAACAAAGCCAAAACAGGCGCGGUGUGUCUUUGUUGUUUUGUAAAACCAAGACUUUUUGCCUGUUUAGCUAGUUUUAGUGUAUCAUAGUUAAGACAAGAUGUCCACUGAAUGCCAGAAGACCACUGCCAAGGCCAUCCCCUCGACCAGGAGGGUGACCAUCAACGACGCGGCGCACAUGCCCCACGAUUACUCCACCACUCCCGGAGGGACCCUGUUCAGCACGACCCCGGGUGGUACCAGGAUCAUCUACGACCGAAAGUUCCUGCUGGGCUGUCGCAGCUCUCCGGUGGCCAAGACUCUUCCACAAGGUCUGCCUAACAUUCCCGGGGUGACCACUCCUCUCUCCAAAGACACCGAUGAGAAGGCCAAUAAUGGAGAACUACUGAACAACAACACCACUGCUCCUGAUAGCAGCAACACUGGUGAUGACUCACAGUUUGAAAUGGACAUCUAGAUGGUCCUGGAACAAGUAUUAUGAUAUCAGACAAACACGAGGCUGUGAAGAAAGGCUCAGGAGCACCGUCUUAUCCCCAUCAUCCAUUCCAUGAAGACAGACGUUCGCCUUCAGUAUCUCCAGUGUCUUCGUGUUUUAAAGUCUUUAUCAAUCUCAUUUGCUUGUUUUGCCCAGAACAAAACCGUAAUGAAAUGUUUUCUGUCUGCCUCAAGGCUUUAACCUGAGUUAUGUGUGACAAAGAGUGGCUACAAGUUCAACAUCAACACUGAGGAGUACUUGACACCAACAAAGCCUCAUCCCUAACAGCGUGAAAUCUAUAGGGGGGGCGGGGGUUUAAAUUUGUAACCAUUCCAAAAGGGUUUUUCACUUGAUGUGCUUUUAUUUCCACACAUUUCCUGACACCCCUCUUCAGAUAUUGCCUUGAAAUUUUCAAGAUACUGUAUAAUUUGUCGACCGUGUCAUACGGUGAAUGUAAAACAUCAUUUUGUUGAUGAAAUUUUUGAAACCGAUUUUCACAUGGUUUGUAAGAUGACAAAGCAUUAAAGCAAACACCAUUAAAGCAAA